AUGAAGUCUUCAUUCCUCGCCGGCCUUUUCGCCGUGGGCGCCGCUGCCCAGAGCCCUGCUUGGGGACAAUGCGGUGGUAAGGACUGGAAGGGCGCGACGACCUGCGUGUCCGGCUACACCUGUACCUACUCGAACGACUGGUACAGCCAGUGCAUUCCCGGCUCCGCGGGCCCCUCGACCACGCUGCGGACGACCACCACGGCCAAGCCCUCAACCACCACGUCGUCUGGCCCGACCGGCACCUCGACUCCCGGCAAGUUGAAGUGGGUUGGCAUCAACCAGUCGAGCGCUGAGUUCGGACAAGGCACCUACCCCGGCAUCUGGGGCAAGACCUUUACUUUCCCCUCGACUUCGUCGAUUCAGACUCUCAUUGGCGAUGGUUACAACACGUUCCGUGUGUGCUUCUCCAUGGAGCGCCUCGUCCCCAACCAGUUGACUGGCUCGUUCGACGAUGGGUACCUGCGCAACCUGACCCAGGUGAUCGACUACAUCACCAACGCGGGCGCCACCGCCGUCAUCGACCCCCACAACUACGGCCGCUACUACGACAAUAUCAUCACCGACACCAACGCCUUCAAGACCUUCUGGACCAACCUGGCGGGAAAGUUCGUGUCCAACUCGCGUGUCGUGUUCGACACCAACAACGAGUACAACACCAUGGACCAGACUCUCGUGCUCAACCUCAACCAGGCCGCCAUCAACGGCAUCCGCGCGGCCGGCGCCACCCAGUACAUCUUUGUCGAGGGCAACGCCUGGACCGGCGCCUGGAGCUGGAACACCACCAACACCAACAUGGUCGCCCUCACCGACCCGCAGAACAAGAUUGUCUACGAGAUGCACCAAUACCUCGACAGCGACAGCUCCGGCACCAGCGCGACCUGUGUCAGCGCUCAGAUUGGUGUGCAGCGCGUUAUUGGUGCUACCAACUGGCUGCGCGCCAACGGCAAGGUCGGUAUCAUUGGUGAGUUUGCUGGCGGUGCCAACUCGGUCUGCCAGCAGGCUGUCAAGGGGCUGCUUGACCAUCUUAAGGAGAACAGCGAUGUCUGGCAGGGCGCUAUCUGGUGGGCUGGUGGUCCCUGGUGGGCGGAUUACAUCUACUCAUUUGAGCCUCCUUCGGGCACGGGUUACAGCUACUACAACUCGCUCCUCAAGCAGUAUACCGUUUAA